AUGUCAGACUUUAUUGUCAUGAUCUUUCAAAUGCUUCUGACAGAUGAUCAUGAGCAGAGCUUGGGCGUGGGGGAAUAUCAUCAUCCGCCACUACUGAGCCAGAGGGCAGGACGCGAGAUUGCAUGUAUAAUCCAGGUGGCAACUCUUGAGAAGACUCAGCUCAUUGCAAAGGAUUUUUCUGAGCUGCGCAUCCACUUCUGGCCCGACGUAUGGCCAUUCAUGGUGGGGCUAUAG